GGCCUUGUUAAACUGAUUGAAGGGUUUUGGCUGCUUGAAUGCAAGCAUUAUAAAAAGCCCGGUCUUCAACUUUUACAGAAAUCACUGUCCCAGCUUUGUUAUCCAGAAACAAUUAAAAUAGCACCAAGACUACAGAUGAGAAUUAUUCCGUCACUUGUAUGCUGAGGAGAGCAUCUCCUGUAUCUGAAAUCACUGGCCCUGCUUUGUCACCCAGCAACAAUGAAAACAGCACCCUGGAUUAAAACAAGAAUAAUUAAGUCAUUCAUCUGCAGAGGAGAGCGUAAGAAAGCCUCGAGAUACAUACAGAGUGAAGAAUGCGAGACCUAAGAGCGCAGGUGAUGAGCAGCCUGCUGCGGUUCCCAAAGGGGACUCUUCAGGCACUCGUGAAACAUGAGGUCACCCAAGGUUCCGUGCUGCGCAGGAAGUUUUCUGGAGGGAUAAGUGACCUAGCACAGCUGGCACGUGCUCCUCACCUCGAGAUAGUGAACUCGGUGACAGGCCAGCGGCUCUCUGCAUACUAUUUCAGAGGAGCGCACGAACAGCCUCCCACUAUCCGAGUGGUGAAGGAGUUUUUGUGGGAGAAAAGAACUGGACUGAUGAUUGCUUUGGAAGAAGGAGAGGGAAGUGUUCUGUGCCUGUACGACCUUGAAACAUCAACAGUGGUUAAAGCAGUUGUUCUUCCCGCAAGGAGCUACAGAACCGUCAGCCAAGAGACGGCCUCCCUCGAAUGUGGAGUUGUGCAAUACAUUUCUUAUGACACCAGCUACAAAAUGGUCAUGAAAAUGUCUGACGACAUGGAGUAGAGUUUUAGAAUUAAU